AUGGCGUCGGCUCAGAAUCGGCAGGGCUUCUCGCUGGAGUCCCCGCAGGACAAAAAGGACAGACGCGCCCGGGCAGGGCGCGGCGCCGGACCUGCAGGGCAGGAGGGACGCUGGAGAGCACGUCCCUCGGGAACGUGGCGGCCAGCAUACCCCAGGUGCAGCUGCCCCGCAAGUACCGCGCCCCGCGGGUGGGCGAGAGGAGCGGCGCGGCGCGCACGCGCGCGGCUCGGGGAGGUGCGGAUCCUCCUGUGGCAGCCGCAGAGCGGCAAGAAGAAGGGCGUCCGGUGGUGGGACUUCGGCGGCCGCAAGGAGCUCUGA